AUGGCGACCUCAGAGAAGCCCAGCAAGAAGGAGAAGGACCCCUCCAAGGUGCACAAGCUGUCCCUCAAAGGCAGCGCCCGGCUCGUCGCCGAGUUCUUCCAAUACUCCAUCCACUCCAUCCUCUACCAGCGCGGCGUCUACCCAGCCGAGGACUUCACCGUCGUCAAGAAGUAUGGCCUCAACAUGCUCGUCUCCGCCGACGACCAGGUCAAAGCAUACAUCAAGAAGAUCAUGUCGCAGCUCGACAAGUGGAUGGUCGGCGGCAAGAUCUCCAAGCUAGUCAUCGUCGUCACGAACAAGGACACGGGCGAGCACCUGGAGCGGUGGCAGUUCGACGUGCAGAUAUUCGCCCCGACAAAGUCUUCAAAGUCUUCAAAAUCAUCAAGGUCAAAAGAACCCCAGGCGAACGGCAAGGCAUCAACAGGGACAACAGCAAACCAGGAAAACGCAGACAGCCAGGGGGCAGGCGCUGGGGCAGCAGGAGGGCCACCAGCAGCAGAGAACAAGACGGAGCAGGAGAUCCAGCAGGAGAUCGCGGCCAUAUUCCGGCAGAUCACGGCGUCGGUGACGUUCCUACCGCAGCUGGACGCCGGCGAGUGCACCUUCAACGUGCUCGUGUACGCCGACGCCGACAGCGAGGUCCCCGUCGAGUGGGGCGACAGCGACGCCAAGGAGAUCGAGGGCGGCGAGAGGGUCCAGCUGCGGGGGUUCAGCACCAACAGCCACAAGAUCGAGACGUUGGUCAGCUACAAGCAGAAGGACUGGUAG